AUGGCGGCGGAAGCACCGGCGAGUCCAGGAGGAGGAAGCCACGAGAGCGGAGACCAAAGUCCUCGUUCAAAUUCUAAUGCUCGUGAACAAGACAGGUUUUUACCGAUCGCGAAUAUUAGUAGGAUUAUGAAGAAAGCGCUUCCUGCUAAUGGAAAGAUUGCUAAGGAUGCUAAAGAGACUAUCCAAGAAUGUGUUUCUGAGUUUAUUAGCUUUAUUACUAGCGAAGCAAGUGAUAAGUGUCAGAGAGAGAAGAGAAAGACGGUUAAUGGAGAUGAUUUGCUUUGGGCUAUGACUACUUUAGGAUUUGAGGAUUAUAUUGAUCCUCUUAAGAUUUACCUGUCUCGAUACAGAGAGGUGAUUGGUGAUACCAAGGGAUCUGCAAAGGCUGGAGAUACAUCUGCUAAAGAGGUUGUUCGGCCUAGUCCAAAUGCGCAGAUAUCUCAUCAAGGUUCUUUCUCACAAGGUGUUAGUUAUGCAAAUCCUCAAUCGCAGGCUAAGCACCUGAUGGUUCCCAUGCAAAGCAAUGAGUAG